AUGGUUCUCACUACAUCAUCGCUGCGUAAGUUCAGCAAAAGCGGCUCCAAACCCCUCCCUUCUGAACCAGGAUCGAAAGUACGACAUUCUAUUCCUGGUCCGACUUCUCCGGGAAAGUUCUUUUCCCUUCUCAUCUAUUCUCUACUUCGCAAACCCAUCUUCGUGAAUCCAUCGGUAAAAGCCGGUGUGUAUCUUUGUAUCGCUGCUGCGUGUUCUCUCCUUUUCGAUUUUAUUAAAGCUCCCCCUUGCUAUUUCUCACAAAAACGAAAUGCCCUAAAUCUUAUUUUUGUGAAAUGGGGUUGGGCAUGGACUUUUUGUAGUUUGGCUACUUUCAUGCUGAUCUCGACUUUUAUAUAUACUGGUGGAAAUAAACGGCUCAUCAGGGGCCAUCUCAUGAGACUUUUAUUCGGGUCUGCCUGUUGGUACUGCUGUACAGGUUUCUUCAACACAGUGGAAUCAAGUUUUGGCAAUUGUUAUAACUACAAUGGGACAAUCAUUCGACCACCUACAACCCGUCCUUUCAACCGUCGAACUUGUCGAAAUGUGAAGGGCUACUGGAUGGGAUUUGAUAUCUCGGGCCACUGCUUCCUUCUAACAAUGGCCAACCUCUGGAUUCUUGAAGAACUUCGAAUCAUGCGCUCUUGGAAUGUGCUGGGGGCUUUGUUGGACGUUUCUACUCACGCGGACAGUAUGGACUGUUUUCCAGAGCCACAAAGGCAGGCUCCAAAGUUACCCAACGUGCCUCCAGAGACUGUGCAAUCUAUGCGUUCCGCGUACUCCCGUUUGACUCUCAAUUUGCGAACUGUUUUCUGCAUCACUGCCUGUAUUUCUCUAAUCUGGGACUUUAUGUUCCUUAUGACGAUUGUGUACUUUCAUUCAAUGCCGUCCAAACUCCUUGGGGCAUCUAUUGGAAUAUCCUGUUGGUUGAUCUGCUAUCGAGGAAUAUUCCCGAACCUCACUGUGGGAUCUUUUGGGGGACUUUGUCCAGGAAUGCCCGGGGAUGGACCGGUUCAUUUUGUUGCUAAGCGUUAA